AUGUUGCAUCGUACCAAAAGUCAAGAGACCGUCAGCACUUUAAUCAAUGAAUCAACCCACCCACACCCAUCAGCACCUACAUUUGCAUCGUCUGCAGCUGAAAAUCGUCCAUACUCACCCAGCAAUGACAAUGGUAAUGAUGCCGAUGGUGCCAAUGAUACCGACGAUUUUGACUCACUAUCCGAUUUGGUAUCUCAAUUUUCACAAGAUACUUUGAUCCAGCCACAAUUAAAAAUUCUCAAUCAUGCCAUUAGUGAGUUCCGCUUUGUUAAGGAAAUCCCCAUUCUAUCAAAUUAUUUGCAAACGGGUGUUCAUUUGUACCCUUCAUGGUCAGCAACGAGUCGAAACCAACCAAUUUUGACGCGUCCGUUGAGAUUCAUGACCAACAUUUUCAAAUUGAAUAGUCCCUUCUUGGUGAUUGAAAGCUAUACAAAGUCAAAGGAUAUGAUUUUGAGUGGUGGGGACCUCCAGUCCCCCACUACUACCAAGCAAGUGUAUUGCAAAGUUGACUUCAAAAUCCAAUCUACACGAAUCACAUACUAUGUACUUACAUUCCCCAGUUUGCACAAACACAUAUAUCUCAUCAACAACAAUAGCCACUCGCCCAGUGUCGAUUUCGAAUUGGAUGGGACUCAUUUCAGAGCCACUGGCGUAACUGGAACAACAUCGGCGUUGGGCACGAGUGGAUUGAUAAAAUUGUACGUGAUGGAAAACUCACCAGAUAUGUUGACGUUCGACACCACGAUUGAUUACAAGAGGAAGAAGUUGAAGUUUGGUCAAGGUAAUGAUACAUUUUAUAGAUUGAUCGAGGGCCAGAAUCGGGCUGCCAUUGAUGAGUCUAUGCGUCGGGCAAAGAAGUUGAUCGGUAUGCCAGUGGCGCAAUAUCUCGACCAGGGCGAUGUCAAAAUCAAGAUUGGCAAUAGUAGUAGUGGUGUUGGUGGUGGUGGUAAUAGUAGUAGUGGUAGUAGUAACGGUUCUGAGUCGACUUCUCAACACAGUGGACCUCAUUCUGGAGGCAAGAGUGUGAACAAUUUCGUCAAGCACGGAAUUAUCAAGAUGUUUGACUAUGUUGGUGGUGGAGGAGUUGGCAAUGACAAUGACGAUGAAGAUGAAAUGAGUGAGGAAAUGAAGAUGAUAUGUUGUGUGUUGUUGGUGUUGAGAGAACAAGAAUAUCGUAAAUAUAAAGGGGAUAAGAAGCCUCAGUACGUAUAG